GCAGUGACAGUCAGUGUCACCACUCACGACAGCGAGUUCACCUUGUUGGUGAAAUGACGUCUCACCUGACUCACUGCUCUAACUCUUCACCUGAGCCAAGUGCUUGCAUAGGCGAGUGAUGUUUAACGCCGGGCACCACGCUCGGAAAUACUCCCCGACGCAUUUCUCCGUGACGGCCGACUCCCCCGUCAUAAUCGUGCAGGCCGUCGUUCAAAGACCGCAAACGACGUGUGCGGGAGGAGAAGCUCCGGAGGACACGCCGCCGCCGUCGGGCGUCAAGAUGCGGCUGUCUAAAUCCAACAAGGGCGCGGUGGUGAUGAAAGCGGCCCGCCGGCACGCGUCCCCGCUUCGGCCGGAGCCGGCUUGGAGCGAGGUGAAACCACCGGAGGGGUCCCGAUCCCCGGGGCUUUUGCGGAGUCAUGAGCUGAGACAGGCGGAGGCAGACGCCGCAGGGGACGGCUUGAAAAUGGAUGUCGCCGGUGCCGGAGGACCACCGCGGAGCAGGAAGCGAGGGUUCAAACCCCCCCACGUGAGGACCAUCUUCACCCCCCGGGAGAAGGACCCCAGGGUGAGGGAGGAGAGUGGGGCGGGACACACCUUCGAGCCCGGCGGGGCGGGCACUUGGUGCGAUGUGUGCUGCCAGUACAUCCUUCAGCACGGGCUGACCUGUACAGGUUGUAAGUACACGUGUCACGCUGCUUGUCGGGACAGAGUGUCACUCGACUGUCACCCGGUGUCACCCAGCUCCCAGGACCAGCUCAACAACAACAACACACAGCUCCCCUGUAGCGCCCUGGUGGCAUGA